AUGCCCUCCACCUCCGUGCCCUCCACCUCCGUGUCCUCCUCCUCCGUGCUCUCCCCCUCCGUGCCCUCCUCCGUGCCCUCCGCCUCCGUGCCCUCCUCCACCGUGCUCUCCGCCUCCGUGCCCUCCUCCACCAUGCCCUCCACCUCCGUGUCCUCCUCCUCCGUGCUCUCCCCCUCCGUGCCCUCCUCCUCCGUGCCCUCCGCCUCCGUGCCCUCCUCCGUGUCCUCCUCCGUGCUCUCCCCCUCCGUGCCCUCCCCCUCCGUGUUCUCCUUCUCCGUGCCCUCCUCCGUGUCCUUCACCGUGUGCUGCGUGCCCUCCUCCACCGUGUGCUGCGUGCCCUCCUCCGCCAUGACCCCCACCGUGCCCUUCUCCUCCAUGCCCUCCGCCUCCGUGUCCUCCUCCGUGCCCCCCACCGUGCGCUCCUCCUCCGUGUCCACCUCCGUGUGCUGCAUUCCCGCCUCCGUGUCCUUCCUUUUUGUGUCCCCCGUGUGCUCCGUGUGCUCCGUGUCCCCCGUGUGCGGGCGCUGUAGUUACUAG